AUGGCUCCCCGGCAUGGCUCCACCGAACUGCAGGUCAAGAACUCUGGGGUGUCACCUGUGGUAGUGGAUCAACAGCUCCAGGGAGCGGCUCCAUGGACCGGCGGGACCGAGAUAACCGUUGUGAAGAAGUCAGAGUCCUGCAAGUAUCUCCUGGCCGUCCUCCUGGCCCUCGUCAUCGCCGUCGUCCUGGCAGGAGGCGCGGCCCUUGUGUGGUACUUCCUGGAUUAUAGGGUGUGGGUGCUGGAGCCGAGGGUGCAGCAGCAGUACACUGCCUACUUCUCCAUCCUAAACAGGGAGCUGACUAAUGAUCUGACCUCUGACACCAGCCCAGAGUUCAGGAGCCAGGCCAGACAUGUCCAGGACCUGGUGGAGAAAAUAAUCACAGAUUCAAGUCUCUCUCGGUACCUCAACUCCACAGCUGUGUUCGCUUUCGGAGAGGGCAGUCUGGUGGUCCACUUCCGGGUGCUGCUGUCGGUGCCAGCCAGCCGGGUCGAGGCGGUGUCGUUGGGCCAGGUGGGGGACAUCCUUCAAGAGGGCCUGACCAGGUACCAGCUGUGUCAGGAGGAGGGGCAGGGGUUCCUCCUGCAACCCGCCUCCCUGUCAGUCACAGACUGUUACCACUACCAAAGGGUGGAGACCGGGAGCCUCCCUGUGGCCCUGGGGGGCCCAGACGCCAGGCAUUCCUCCUGCCUGUGGCACCUGCAGGCAGCCCCUGGCUCCCAGCUCGAGGUCAGCGUGGAGUGGCCGCUGCCCAGCUGUGGAGACCAGCUGCUGCUGUAUGACGCCCUGACCCCCAGCCCCAGCCAACUCAUCACCUCAGUGUAUGGCUGCAAUAGGCUGGAGCCUGCGGUUCGAGUGCUCUCUUCUGGCCAGUGGAUGGCGCUGGUGUGGCAGUACAGCUCCCCGUGCUCCGUCUCCCUGUCGGCUCAAGCCUGGGAGAAGCAAGAGUGCAAUGGCAGUAUUGGUCUGGAAGCAGUCUCAGGGGUUCAAGGUACCCUCAGGACGCCCUUCUACCCAAGCUACUACCCGCCCGACACCAACUGCACCUGGACCUUCACUAUGCCUAGCUUGGCUUACGGCCUCUCUCUGGAGUUUGAGGGCUAUGAACUGACCAGGGCCGGCUUCCAGCAGCCAUGCACUCAGGGCCAGUGGCUGGUCGAGAACCGCAGACUGUGUGGAACCAGAGGCCUACAUCCCUACAGAGAGCGUCUGUUUGUCCUGUCCACCUCCACCACCGUCCGCAUGACCUCCGAUGUGGCUCUCACUGGGCCAGGCCUCCAGCUGCGUUACAGCCUCUUCAACCUAUCAGAGCCAUGUCCCGGUCAGUUCCUGUGCACUGUGAACGGUCUUUGUGUCUCUGCCUGCGAUGGGAUCAAGGACUGCCCAAACGGCCUGGACGAAGAAAGCUGUGUAUGUGUGGCACAGUACCAGUGUCUGGUUGACCGUCGGUGUGUGGACUACCACAAGGUGUGUGACCAAUACCCCGACUGUCCUAACGCCACUGAUGAGGAGAACUGCACUGAAAGUGUGCAGUGUACAGACAUGACUUAUGCGUGCGCUGACGGGACUUGCCUGAGGAAAACCAACCCAGAAUGUGACCUCAUCACAGACUGCCCAGACGGCUCCGAUGAGACGCCCUGCGACUGCGGCAUCAGUCAGAUCACCAGCCGUAUUGUGGGUGGAGUCAACUCCUCUGAGGGGGAGUGGCCGUGGCAGGCCAGCCUGCAGGACAGAGGUCAACACAUCUGUGGCGGGGCGCUGGUCUCCGACCAGUGGGUGGUGACUGCCGCUCACUGUUUCUACGACGACCGCCUCCUCAACCCCUCCGUGUGGACGGUGCAUCUGGGCAAGCUGCUGCUGAACCGCACCGGCCCGUACGACGAGGUGGUCCCGGUGCUCAGCAUCCACCUGCACCGUUACUACGACGAGGCCUCCCACGACUAUGACCUGGCGCUGCUGCGUGUGAAGCGCUCUUCCCCCGCCCUGCUGGCCAGGCGCGUCCUGCCCGUGUGUUUGCCCCCACCCAGCCACCGGUUCAGCCCCAGCACGCUCUGCUGGGUGACGGGGUGGGGGGCCCUGAAGGAAAACGGAGAGGGCAGUAACGUGCUGCAGAUGGUGGUCGUGCGGCUGGUCAGCGAGGUGUCUUGCGCCCGCACCUAUGGAAAUUUAGUCACUCCCAGAAUGCUUUGCGCGGGAUACCGCCAGGGUGGGCGUGACGCAUGCCAGGGGGACUCCGGGGGCCCUCUCGUGUGUCGGGGGCCGUUGGGUCGCUGGUUCCUAGCGGGCGUGGUGAGCUGGGGCACGGGCUGUGGGCGCCCUGACUACUACGGCGUCUACUCCCGCAUCACCAAGGUCUCCGCCUGGAUCAGGGACAUCAUCCAGGCUCCCUGAGGGGCGGACGCCUCAGGUGUCACGAAUGAACGUAGCGCCGGGAUGCUACGGGCUGCGCUAACUGCCCGUGAGCGGCUGUGCCUUCAGGAUGAUGAAAUGCAACAAAAAACCAUCCUGUUCAAUAUUUUAUAAUAUCAUAUAUUUUAUUUGUAAAUCAUAUUUUAAUAGCUAUAUAAAAAUUAGGCAAAUGUUUUUCAUCCAUUCUGUGCAUACAUAUGAUAUUUAUAAGGGUUUUAUUUUGCAUCUGGUAACACAACCUUUGAUAAUUAAUAAGAAUAUAAACAAAUUUGAAUGGAAGACAAAAUAUAGAAAGAAUGGAAAGUCAGAGCGAUGGUCUGUAUUGAAACGAAUGAACAGCAAGACGGGGGAGAAAACUUUGAAACAACGGCCUAAGUUUUUAACCAAUUGGUCGACAUGCUUCUCAGGAUCAUAAAUAUGCAGGCUUCCUUUAAAGUGAUGCUUCUCUCUGUAUAAUUGGUUUUAGAAGGCUUUCCAUCCAACCAGGAGCUCUGUGUGUAAGCUGACUUGCUCAUUGUGACUAGUCAAUAGAAAAUAUCUGGUUAACGAUUGG